CUUUGUUGCUGCGCGUGGUCUUUGUUGCGGCAAGCGGGGGCUACUCUUUGUUGCGGUGCGCGGGCUUCUCACUGCAGUGGCUUCUCUUGUUGCGGAAAACGGGCUCUAGGCGCUGUGGCUAGAGCCACAGUAGCUGUGGCUCGCGGGCUCUAGAGCGCAGGCUCAGUAGUUGUGGCACACGAGCUUAGUUGCUCCGCGGCAUGUGGACUCUUCCCGGACCAGGGCUUGUGUCCCCCGCAUUGGCGGGCGGAUUCUUAACCACUGCACCACCAGGGAAGUCCCUUCUGAGAUUUGUGUUUGGGACGGCAUUGAAUCUCUGGAUCACUCUGGGAAGAAUUGACAUCUUCACAAUAUUGACUAUUUCAAUUAGUAAAUUUAAUGUAUCUCUCCAUUUAUUUGGGUCCCCUUUAAUCGCUUGAAAAUAUUUGAUAAUUUUUUUCCAUGGAGAUCUUGCACAUAUGUUAUGUUACGUCUAUUCCUACAUACUUCGAAUUUCAGAUACUGUUGGGAAACAAUUAUCAUUUUUCUUAUUUUAGUUUCUGACUCUGAUGCUAGUAUAUAUUUUGUAAAAAUAUUUUUUUAAAAAUCAGUGCCUUUUCUGUUGCCAGACUCUGGCCCACAAGUGUCCCAUCUUCACCCCUCCUCACCUUCCCAUCCUACCCUGUUAUGGCCCCGCCCUGUGACCUUAAUCCCUCCAAAGCUGGGGGAAGAGAGGGGGGCUGUGUGCAGAUGGCUCUUCAACCUGGAAAGGAGGAUGGCGGCAUCUGAAGGCGGGAAAGGUGAGAGCAGGCUUCCACCCCUGCAGACCCUUGGAGCAAGCCUGGGCUCUUGGCAGCCCUUCGACAUCCUCAUCCUGCUGACCAUCUUUGCCAACUGCGUGGCCCUUGGGGUCUACAUCCCCUUCCCAGAGGAUGACUCCAACACUGCCAACCACAACCUGGAGCAGGUGGAGUAUGUAUUCUUGGUGAUUUUCACUGUGGAGACCGUGCUCAAGAUCGUGGCCUACGGGCUGGUGCUCCACCCCAGCGCCUACAUCCGCAAUGGCUGGAACCUGCUCGACUUCAUCAUCGUCGUGGUCGGGCUGUUCAGCGUGCUGCUCGAGCAGGGGCCCGGACGCCCGGGGGACGCCCCGCAUACCGGAGGGAAGCCGGGGGGCUUCGAUGUGAAGGCGUUGCGGGCGUUUCGGGUGCUGAGGCCACUGAGGCUGGUGUCCGGGGUCCCGAGCCUGCACAUAGUGCUCAAUUCCAUCAUGAAGGCGCUGGUGCCGCUGCUGCAUAUCGCACUUCUUGUGCUCUUUGUCAUCAUCAUUUACGCCAUCAUCGGACUCGAGCUGUUCCUCGGACGCAUGCACAAAACCUGCUACUUCCUGGGAUCUGACGUAGAGGCGGAGGAGGACCCAUCGCCCUGUGCGUCAUCGGGAUCGGGGCGUGCUUGCACGCUGAACCAGACCGAGUGCCGUGGACGCUGGGCAGGUCCCAACGGAGGCAUCACCAACUUCGACAAUUUCUUCUUCGCCAUGCUGACAGUCUUCCAGUGCAUCACCAUGGAAGGCUGGACUGACGUGCUCUACUGGAUGCAGGAUGCCAUGGGGUAUGAGCUGCCCUGGGUGUAUUUCGUGAGUCUUGUCAUCUUUGGAUCCUUCUUCGUCCUCAACCUUGUACUUGGUGUCCUGAGUGGAGAGUUCUCCAAGGAGAGGGAGAAGGCAAAAGCGCGAGGGGACUUCCAGAAGCUUCGAGAGAAGCAGCAGCUGGAGGAGGACCUGCGGGGCUACCUGGACUGGAUCACACAGGCGGAGGAGCUGGACAUGGAGGACCCCUCAGCUGAUGGCAACUUUGGUUCUGUGGCUCAAGAGGGCCAGGCCAGCCACCGGCCGCAACUGGCAGAGCUGACCAAUAGGAGACGAGGACGUCUGCACUGGUUCAGUCACUCCACCCACUCCACACACUCCACCAGCAGCCACGCCAGCCUCCCAGCCAGUGACACCGGUUCGAUGGCAGAGACCCCAGGCGAUGAGGAAGAGGAAGAGGGGGCUCUGGCCAGCUGUACACGCUGCCUAAACAAGAUAAUGAGAACCAGUGUCUGCCGCUGCCUCCGCCGAGCCAACCGGGGCCUUCGGGCGCGCUGCCGGCGGGCUGUGAAGUCCAAUGCCUGCUACUGGGCCGUGCUGCUGCUCGUCUUCCUCAACACGCUGACCAUCGCCUCGGAGCACCACGGGCAACCCAUCUGGCUCACCCAGAUCCAGGAGUAUGCCAACAAAGUGUUGCUCUGUCUGUUCACGGUGGAGAUGCUUCUCAAGUUGUAUGGUCUGGGGCCCUCUGUCUACGUCUCCUCCUUCUUCAACCGCUUUGACUGCUUCGUGGUCUGUGGGGGCAUCCUGGAGACCACCCUGGUGGAGGUGGGCGCCAUGCAGCCCCUGGGCAUCUCGGUGCUCCGCUGUGUGCGUCUCCUCAGGAUAUUUAAGGUCACCAGGCACUGGGCAUCUCUGAGCAAUUUAGUGGCGUCCCUGCUCAAUUCAAUGAAAUCCAUUGCAUCCUUGCUGCUUCUCCUCUUCCUCUUUAUCAUCAUCUUCUCCCUGCUUGGCAUGCAGCUGUUUGGGGGCAAGUUCAACUUUGACCAGACACACACUAAGCGAAGCACCUUUGACACCUUCCCCCAGGCCCUCCUCACUGUCUUUCAGAUCCUGACAGGUGAGGACUGGAAUGUGGUCAUGUAUGAUGGUAUCAUGGCCUAUGGCGGCCCCUUCUUCCCAGGGAUGCUGGUAUGCGUGUACUUCAUCAUCCUCUUCAUCUGCGGCAACUACAUCCUGUUGAACGUGUUUCUUGCCAUUGCUGUGGACAACCUGGCCAGUGGAGAUGCAGGCACUGACAAGGACAAGGGCAGGGAGAAGAACACUGAGGAAACUCCACAGGAGAAUGGAGCACUGGUGCCUGGUGGGGAGAAUGAGGAAGAGGAAGGUGCAAAAAAUGAAGGAGCAGGCAUGGAGGAAGAGGAGGAAGAGGAGGAGGAGGAAGAGGAGGAGGAGGAAGGGGGUGCAGGGCAUGUGGAACUCCUACAGGAAGUUGUACCCAAGGAGAAGGUGGUACCCAUCCCUGAGGGCAGCGCCUUCUUCUGCCUCAGCCAAACCAACCCGCUGAGGAAGGCCUGCCACACCCUCAUCCACCAUCACGUCUUCACCAAUCUUAUCCUGGUGUUCAUCAUCCUCAGCAGUGUGUCCCUGGCAGCUGAGGACCCCAUCCGAGCCCACUCCUUCCGCAACCACAUUCUGGGGUACUUCGAUUAUGCCUUCACCUCCAUUUUCACUGUGGAGAUUCUACUAAAGAUGACAGUGUUUGGGGCUUUCCUGCACCGUGGCUCCUUCUGCCGUAGCUGGUUCAAUCUGUUGGAUCUGCUGGUGGUCAGCGUGUCCCUCAUCUCCUUUGGCAUCCACUCCAGUGCCAUCUCGGUGGUGAAGAUUCUUCGAGUACUCCGAGUACUACGGCCCCUCCGAGCCAUCAACAGGGCCAAAGGACUCAAGCACGUGGUGCAGUGUGUGUUCGUGGCCAUCCGGACCAUCGGGAAUAUCAUGAUUGUGACCACGCUCCUGCAAUUCAUGUUCGCCUGCAUUGGCGUGCAGCUCUUCAAGGGGAAAUUCUACAGUUGCACUGAUGAGGCCAAACACACACCCCAAGAAUGCAAGGGCUCCUUCCUGGUCUACCCCGAUGGAGAUGUGUCAAGGCCCCUGGUCCGGGAGCGGCUCUGGGUCAACAGUGAUUUCAACUUUGACAAUGUCCUUUCAGCCAUGAUGGCCCUGUUCACUGUCUCCACCUUCGAAGGCUGGCCUGCGCUGCUAUAUAAGGCCAUCGAUGCAAACGCAGAGAACAAGGGCCCCAUCUAUAAUUACCACGUGGAGAUCUCAGUGUUCUUCAUUGUCUACAUCAUCAUCAUUGCAUUCUUCAUGAUGAACAUCUUUGUGGGCUUCGUCAUCAUCACCUUCCGUGCCCAGGGCGAGCAGGAGUACCAAGACUGUGAGCUGGACAAGAACCAGCGCCAGUGUGUGGAGUAUGCCCUCAAGGCCCAGCCACUCCGCCGCUAUAUCCCCAAGAACCCGAAUCAGUAUCGGGUGUGGGCCACUGUGAACUCUGCUGCCUUCGAGUAUCUCAUGUUCCUGCUCAUCCUGCUCAACACGGUUGCUCUAGCCAUGCAGCACUAUGAGCAGACUGCUCCCUUCAACUAUGUUAUGGACAUCCUCAACAUGGUUUUCACUGGCCUCUUCACUGUUGAGAUGGUGCUCAAAAUCAUCGCCUUCAAACCCAAGCAUUACUUUACCGAUGCCUGGAACACGUUUGAUGCUCUUAUUGUGGUGGGCAGCGUAGUGGACAUUGCUGUCACUGAAGUCAACAGCUCUGAGGACAGUUCCCGCAUUUCGAUCACUUUCUUUCGCCUCUUCCGAGUCAUGCGGCUGGUCAAGCUUCUCAGUAAGGGUGAAGGGAUUCGCACAUUACUCUGGACAUUCAUCAAGUCCUUCCAGGCCUUGCCCUAUGUGGCUCUUCUCAUCGCAAUGAUAUUCUUCAUUUACGCAGUCAUUGGGAUGCAGAUUUUCGGCAAGGUGGCUCUUCAGGAUGGCACACAGAUCAACCGAAACAACAACUUCCAGACCUUUCCACAGGCUGUGCUGCUUUUGUUCAGGUGUGCUACUGGUGAGGCAUGGCAGGAGAUAAUGCUUGCCAGCCUUCCUGGGAGCCGGUGUGACCCUGAGUCUGACUUCGGCCCUGGUGAGGAGUUUAGCUGUGGUAGCAAUUUUGCCAUAGCCUAUUUUAUCAGCUUCUUCAUGCUCUGUGCAUUCCUGAUCAUAAAUCUCUUUGUGGCUGUGAUCAUGGACAACUUUGAUUAUCUAACCAGAGAUUGGUCCAUCCUGGGCCCCCAUCACCUCGAUGAAUUCAAGAGGAUCUGGUCUGAAUAUGACCCUGGGGCCAAAGGCCGCAUCAAGCACCUGGAUGUGGUUGCCCUGCUGAGACGCAUCCAGCCACCCCUGGGAUUCGGGAAGCUGUGCCCACACCGAGUGGCCUGCAAGAGACUUGUGGCGAUGAACAUGCCUCUCAACUCAGAUGGGACAGUGACAUUCAAUGCCACACUCUUUGCCCUCGUUCGGACAUCCCUGAAGAUUAAGACAGAAGGGAACCUGGAGCAAGCCAAUCAGGAGCUGCGGAUUGUCAUCAAAAAGAUCUGGAAGCGGAUGAAGCAGAAGCUGCUAGAUGAGGUCAUCCCCCCAGCUGACGAGGAAGAAGUUACCGUGGGCAAAUUCUACGCCACAUUUCUGAUCCAGGACUAUUUCCGCAAAUUCCGGCGGAGGAAAGAAAAGGGGCUACUAGGGGCCGAGGCCCCCCCAAGCACCUCCUCUGCCCUUCAGGCUGGUCUGAGGAGCCUGCAAGACUUGGGUCCUGAGAUGCGGCAGGCCCUCACCUGUGACACAGAUGAGGAGGAGGAGGAAGAGGGGCAGGAGGGAGAGGAGGAGGAAGAUGAGAAGGAACCGGAAACGUACAAAGCCCCAGUGGGCUCCCAGCCCCCAUCUCGCCGGAGCUCUGUGAUUUCUGUGUCUCUGCCUGCCUGGGACAAACCACCAGAUUCACUUUCCCUUGGGCCCAGUGACGACGAUGGGGGUGCUCCCAACUCCAGACAGUCCAGUGUGCCCCAGGCUGGGUCCCACGCCCACAGGAGAAGCUCUGGGGUUCUCAUUUUCACCAUUCCGGAAGAAGGAAGUUCUCAGUCCAAGGCAACCAAAGGGCAAGAGAAGCAGGAUGAACAAGAGGAAGUCCCCAGCCAGCACUCUGGCCACGACACGCUCUCCUACCUAGAUGAGCAGGCAGGGACUCCCCCACGCCCCAUCCUUUUGCCACCUCACAGACCCCAGAGAUACGUGGAUGGCCACCAAGCACCACGUCGCCGUCUGCUGCCCCCAACACCUGCAGGCCGGAAGCCUUCCUUCACCAUCCAGUGUCUGCGGCGCCAGGGCAGUUGUGAAGAUUUACCCAUCCCAGGCACCUAUCAUCGUGGGCGCAACUCAGGGCCCAGCAGGGCACAGGGUUCCUGGGCAACCCCUCCUCAGCGGGGCCGGCUCCUAUACGCCCCACUGUUGUUGGUGGAGGAGGGUGCAGCAGGGGACGGAUACUUCGGCAAAUCCAGCAGUCCACUGCACACCUUCACCUGUCUGCACGUGCCUGGAACCCACUCAGACCCCACCUAUGGCAAAAGGGGCAGUGCUGACAGCCUGGUGGAGGCUGUGCUCAUCUCCGAGGGCCUGGGCCUGUUUGCCCGAGACCCGCGCUUCGUGGCCCUGGCCAAGCGGGAGAUUGCAGAUGCAUGUCGCCUGACACUGGACGAGAUGGACAGUGCCGCCAGUGACCUGCUGGCACAGGGGACCAGCUCACUUUAUAGUGACGAGGAGUCCAUCCUCUCCCGCUUUGAUGAGGAGGACCUGGGAGACGAGAUGGCCUGCGUCCAUGCCCUCUGAAUUCCCAUCCCUCCCCCACUGCUCAAUAAACCUCCUGCCCUCCCUUCCUCAGAAGGAGACCGGCAUGGACCACACCCCUGGAUUUUGGUGUCUUUGCACUGGAGGCCUGGGGCUGCCCAGCGGUCCUCAUCUAUCCAUCCCCUGUUUCAGCCCUGAGCCACUGCCCACACGCGGGUAUUUCCAGAAACCAGGACAGCCGGGCCUGAUUAUUCAGCGUCAGGGAAGGAAGAAGGAGGAGGGGAGGCGGAAGAGGCAGCAGCCAAAAAAAGCUGGAGACAAAGUGGAGGUGGUGGGGGAAGGGAGGUUUCUGGACAGAUGGAGGAAAGUGGAGAGAGUGAGGAUGUGUGAGGGCUCGGAUAAGGGGUGGGGGAAAGUCAGAGAUUCCACAAGGGGUCAGGCAGAUCAGACUGGGGCAGGACAGAUGGAUCGAAAGGAAAGGAUAAGGAAACCUCCAGGAGAGUCCUGCCAGUAGAAAGGCCUGGAGGUUAGAACUGUGAUGUAUCUUAGGCAGAGGGGUCCUCUGACAGCACGAGGAAGGGAGGCUAAAUUGCGCUCACCCCACCUCCCCCCUUCUGCUUGUGAAAAAAGAAAUCUAGGACUUCCCUGGUGGUCCAGUGGCUAAGAUUCCAUGCAUCCACUGCGGGGGGGCACCGUUCCAUCCCUGGUCGGGGGAACUAAGAUCCCGCAUGCCUCCAGGUGUGGCCAGAAAAAAUAAAUAAAUAAAGAGAAAAAGGAAAUUUAAAUUCAUUCGUAAAAACAUGGGUGACAGCAAAGGGCGAGGCUCCUAGCCUGGGGCAACCCACUCAGGGCUUACCUGGCUCUCCUGAGACUAGCUAAUAGUACCCCACUCCCAGAUCCCAGAGCUCCUCUCUGUUUCUUGCCCUACUUUUAGUCAUUGCCCAACCUUUGGCGUCUCAUUCAUUCAGUGAAGGUUUAUCGGGCAUUUAUUUUGUGCCAGGCACUGUUCUGGGUUUCCCUCAGCACAAACUGAGCUGGCUUAGACAUGUGACGGCGGUUGUCCAAAGUGGUAGUCAUCCUCACUCCAAAGGAAUCGGAGGUGGUGUUAGAAGUGACACCGGAUGCGGCCACCCCUGGGGACGGUCUGACCUAGGGUCUCCUCCCAGCUCUCA